GAAAAUCAGAGAUAUUGAGGCGCAUAUAGCUUAGUGUUUUCUUUCUAGACGCGCAUAUAUAAGGAUAUUUUUACUUGAAAGAAGGAAUACGGAUAUAUUAGAUAGAAAUUAUAAAAACAUGUUAUCAAAGCCUUUUUCAGACCCAGUGCUUUCAUUAGUCUCGAAUAGUAUCGAGAAAUUGAGUAUACUAGAUCUUGAGAAUCUGUCACGUAUUUGGACAGUUUUUGCAAAAUCCGCGGAAAAUCUUGAAAAUGGUUAUCGACUUGAAAAUCUGUCAUGGCGUCUUUGGUACAGAACAGCAUUUUUUUGCAAAGAAAAUGCUUUAUCCUAUAUAAAUGAAGCAGAUAAUGAUGAUUCGGAUAAAUCGAUAGAAUAUUCAAAAAAUAAAAAUUUUGAUAUUCCGGAAUUAUCAACAAGCAUAGAUUCAGCAUCGACAUUAGAUGAACAUGAGAUAAAACAUAUUCCUAAUUAUAAUACAUCCAAAAUACCCGCAUUCGUACAAAGUCGCCUAAAAAGACCAAAUACGAUGCAAUAUGUUUCUCCUGGUCGAUUUCAGAAAAUUAUUUCAGAUUUGUCACUUUUCAAACUUGAAACAGAAAAAUGGAAAAAUGGUAAUAAUAAGAUGGUAUCAAAACACGAUUCACGUGAAAUUCGUAUUUCCGAUUCUCCAAAAGAAAAUAAAAUAGAUUAUGUUUCAUCAAAGGAUUCGCAAUCAUUUACGCAAAGUAUCGAGUUUUCAUCGAACAUGCAUCAAUCGCUUACUUCAAAUAUAGACUCAAUAUUUCCUAAUGAAGAAUGUUUGAAUUUAAUUGAACGUGUUGGAGAUAUUCAUGAAUUUUCUACAAAUAAAAUUUCUCAUGAAACACAUGUGCCACAUCAUUCCAUACAAGCAUCAAAACACUUAGAAAAAACAGACAAAAUCUUUUUUAUUCAGGAAACAUUGCCAGCAGAAUCCUAUAUAGAAACUUUGUCGAAAAAUGACUUUAAAUCAAAUGCAUUAAAAUUAUCCUCUAAAUCUUCUUUUAAACCUAAAUCUACUAAGCGUAUUUCAUUUGAGAAACUACCUAGUGCAUCAUCAUUUGAAACAUCUAAUAAUGAGCAAUUUAAAUAUAAUAUUUAUAACUCUAUAGAUAAUGACGACGAUAACGAUUGGGACUCUAUAUAUGGCUCUAGCAGUUCUUCUGUAACAAACGAAAAACCCAUAUUUCAGAAAAUAGACACACGCUUAUUGCAAUUACAACUUAAUCCUCAGAGAUCAUUACUAUCUUUUAUGCUGCAAAAUAAAGCUAAUGGGGACUUAACCAAUUCAUGUUCUAAAUCAUCUCCAGCUAUUGCGUUAUCACAAACUUCUAUUUCGUUUUCUAUUUCUAGGCAAAUACCUCAAAAUAUCCAAUAUCAUGCAACUCGUAUUGAGGAUCAAUAUUCAUCAAUGGUAUCUCCUCGUACAAUACGUAGGAAUAUGUUUGCUACAGAGUUAUCAGAAAGUCUUCGUAAAAAUUUAUUAUGGGAGCGUCAGCAAAGAGCAUUAACAGCAUAUGCUACAUUAAAACGUCGUCAUACUGAAUAUGAUGUUACAAAAUUAAAUGGGUUUCCAGACAGGUCAAAUGGGGGAAAUUAUGAUUUCUUUUAUGAUGUGAAUUAUAGUUAUCAUGUUGCUGGAUGGUGA